AUGCAAUUCACAUCUACUCUUAUUCUUGCUGCUCUCGCUGCCACUGUUGUAGCUACCACUCCCAAAUGUGAGGGAAAAGAUUGUGCUACCACUAAUCAGACUGCAACACCCGCCACUCCAGCCUGCACUGGACCUAACUGCCCUUCAAAGGAAGCUUCCGUGGAUGCUGACGAUGAGGAGGAUCCAGAUGCCGAUGGUGAAGAUAUCGAAGAUGAACUCGAUGAACUUGAUGACGAAGAUCUCGAGGAAGGGGACGAGUCUACCGAAGCCGCUACCGCCGAGGAUGACGAUCAAGAGUACAAGGAUCCCGAGCCUCCUGCCAAGAGUCAAGAGUACAAGGAUCCCCAACCCCCUGCCAAGACUGGAGGUGAAGAGGAGGAAGAGGAUGAGGAGGAAGAUGAGGAAGAGGAUCAGGAGUAUAAGGAUCCCGAGCCUCCUGCCAAGCUCACCAAGACUGCAACUGCUACCAAGACCGCUACCAAGACCGCAACUGCUACCAAGACUGCUACUGCUACCAAGACCGCAACUGCCACCAAGACCGCUACAAAGACCGCAACCAAGACCACUACUUCAACCUUUACCCCUCCAGGUAAAAGCAAGUACUCUGAGGAGGAUGUGAUCGAGUCUGGUGCUUCUUCCACUAUGCUUUCAGGUGCUGCUGUCAUUGCAGCCAUUGUUGCCUUUUUAUAA